AUGUCUAUGAAUGAUGAGGCAAUUAAAAUUGAACCACCAGAAUAUCCAGCAGAAGACAUUAAACCCGAAUUUGUGGAGGAAUUAGAUGUUCCUGAUGCUAUUGGUAAAUCUGAAUUGUGUUCUGAGGAAGAUGAAACAUGUUUAGGAGGAUCCAAGAAGUCCGAAAUUUUCAUAGAAGAAGUAGUCAAACAGGAGUCUUAUGAAUGUGACAUUUGUAAUCAAUCAUUUGCAGAACCAGAUCAAUUAAAGGAGCAUAUGGUCAAUCACCUGCCUAGUCAAAGCGAAGAAAGGCCUUUCAAAUGCGAAAUCUGUAACAAGACUUUCAAACUAUCAAGAGGUUUGAAUCACACAUGA